UCCAAACGGUAUAGACCGGUCCAUUCCCCAAAAAGUGUGUACGUGCGUAAGUGUAUGUAAGUGAAUGUGUGUGUAUGCGGAUAAAGUACUCGUAAUGUAAACACGGGGCACUUAACGUUAUUAAAGGGGGAAAAGUGGAAUAUUGAAAGUGAAGCACUACGAAAUAACACUGAUGCAUAGAUACUAGACUCCAGUCAGAAAAGGAUAUGCACAUACAGAUGGAUUUGUAUAGGUGUAUGUGACUCACAGAUGAUGUUUGUAUGCGGCAAAUCAUAGUUGCGGUUGUCAAGGAUACUCGCUCGUAUUGUGUUGAAAGUGAAAUUUAUUGUAUUAAAAAAAUAAUGCAAAAACAAAAUUUACAAGCAAUUAAAAAAAAUGUGCCAAACUUUAAUUUUAGUUAAACUAAUAAUAAAUAUUUAAAUACAAAAUGCAGUCCGAGUAGAAUCAUUACAUCAAAAAAAAUUCCCUACUUCAAAUGUAUGUAAGUUUGUGUACAUUUCCGCAUUUGAAGCAAUCAUUAAACACAAAAACCCAGAAAUUGCAACUAAUCUCCGCUGCAAUAAAAUAAAAAACAACAAAAGCAAUAGCAAAAUCUGAUAUUAUUAUCAUCAUGGAUGCCAGCAGCAAUGCCACCCCCAUAAAUCAAAUCACUUCCACUGCCAACGCCAACGCUAAUGCUAAUAGCAAUAGCAACAGCAACAACAUUUCAAACGCCUCGGUUUUCUUCGAGAACGGCACAAUCAUGGGUGCCGUCUAUGAGCACAACACAAGCUACAACAGCAACAGCAGUAACAGUAACAACAACAGCAUCAGUAGUCAUAGGAAUUGUAGCUAUUACCAAGAGCCGCAGUUUGCCAGCAUACCGGAGAUUGUAAUCAACGGCAGCUACAACAGCCACCAGAAUCUCCACCACCACCAGCAGUACCAACAAAUUGAGGUCCACGUGGCCGAUUCAACCAGCAAUUGCGAUGAUUCUGCCAUUGAAAGCACUGCACUGCUCUCCUCCACAGACAACAACUUGGCAACAAUGAAUGGCAUUGAAGAUAUGGGUACGGUUGCAUCGUCCGAUACGGGGCCUCACGAUGAAUUCGAGCAGUUCAUGUUAAAUCGCAGCACCUCCGAUAGCAACAUACUAGAGUCGAGUAUUUAUAGUGAACUCCAAUUUCCGCCCUCAAUCGGUAGUCUGAGCAUCGCUAGUGGCAGAGGCAGCGUAGGUGGUUGCAUGGGCACUUCAAUGGCGCAACAAUACCAAUUGGCCACCGCACGCGCCCACAUGCAAUUGCCACAAUUACCGGCAACAAGCAUAGCAAAUAUCACCGCCGCCGCCACCAUCAACGCAACUGCCACAACAGCAAACGUAGCCGAACUGGCCGAUCUACUGAAUACGAGCACCUGUUCGCGUGAGUCGUCGUCGCGUGCUAACAAACGUUCGCGUACGCGCAAGUCGCACAAAUCGAGCAGCAAGGCGAAGUGGAAUGCCAAUGUGGUGUCCGCCAAUACUGCACAGGCAGCUAACACAGCCGCAGUAGCAGCUGCUGCCUAUCCACCUCAAUAUACAGCCAUAUUUCUGGAUCACGGCAAUGUAACGGCGGCAGCCAAUGCAAUGGGACAGAUUGCGGCAGCCGGUUCGCCAUUCUUGAAUGCACCGAUUGUGGAUGCUGCAACGGCAGCGGCCUAUCUGCAACAGCAGCCAUAUCAGCUGAUAACUACGGCGACGGCCCCUUACGCGCACCUCGGCAGACAUUUGCACCACAGACGCUUCCUUGACACACCCACCGCUGUUGUGGACAACCCGGCUGGCGUCGCUGGUGCAGCGACUAGUGGUGCGGGCUCACCCGCCAACACUGCAAUAGCCUGUGGAGCAGCCACCGCCAUGAGUUCCACCUUCCGUAAAUGCUUCUCACGCCCGGUUGUACCCUUUAUUAUCGGCAUGUUCGCGCUUGGUGGCGCUGCGUGUACGCUGGGUGGCGUUGUGUUGGGCGCGACGGGUCUCAUCGAACACACCACACAAUAUUUAAGCGCCUCGCUGUUGAUGAUCGGCAUUGGCUUGUCACUACUCAUUGUGGCCGGCAUUAUUUGGCGUUUGAGUUCGCCCGGUGAUGCGGACGAGUGUCCCUGCUAUCGACUGAUGGAGACCUGCCGCAAUUGUAACAGUCCCUAUUGUAAUAAUCGCAUACUGCCCGGUGGUUAUCUUUAUCCAGAGUUCCAGCAUCGACCGCCACCGCCAUCGUAUUUGACGUCAUUGCAUGAGUGUGCGGCUAUUGGUUUAAUCAAUGGUGCUGUCUACAGUGGGCUACGCAUGAAUACGCCACCGCCUUUAUAUCGCUCAACGAACUCUUUAAGCGUUUUCGUGCCCGGUUCGAAUAGCAACACACAAACUCUCACCACCAAUACACCCACAACCACCUUCACACCCACCACAGUCAUGCCCAACAACAAUCAACCGCCACAAACGGGGCCACCCCCCAAUCAAAUGCCACCUGUCGCGCCACCCAACUCAGCGACAGUAGACGAGCUGCUGCCCGAGCAAACUGCGCUCAUUGAAAAUUUACAAACACAAACACAACAAGCGCUGCAACCGUUGACCAAAGAGAUCAAUUAUCUGGAAUUGGACUAAGCAAAAAGGGAUCCAAUCGAAUCGUUGUUAAUAUCAAAUAUUUAGCCUAAGCAUGUGACAAAGUGAAUUACUAACUAAUUAAGCACUAGCGAAAGUCAGUAGCUAACCAAAAACAAAAACAGCGUUCUGUUGAAUACAACUAAAUACACGCAUACUCGUACAUGCAUGCACGCAAUACACCAGCAAGGUGUUCAUGGCGCAUUGAAAAGGUUUGGUAGGCUGCGUCCUGUGGUGAUGGCUCCUGCCAGACGACUGAUUUAUUGUUUAGUUUUAGAAUGCGUGUGUGUUUUUAGUAUUUAAGAUUUAGCUGUUAGUAAAAAUAUGCGUAAAAACUGGGGAAGAAUUUAUAUCUAAGCUGCUAUAAAGCGAACUGAAAUUAGAAUUCUGACUAAGAAGUUUCUUACAUAUACACACAUCUAAACAUAUACAUAAAAGCCUAAAUAGAUGCAUAACAAUUUUAACCAAUUUAGCGUACUACGGAAUACUCAUACAUACAAACGAAUAUAAAUAUACAUGUACAUGUAUGUAUGUAGGUAGAUGUUUUACAUACACAAAUGCAUAUAUGUAUGUAUAAAUGCGUAGCUAUUAAAAUUAGAAUACAUAAAAUGCAUUAUUGGGAAAUUUUUUGAUGAAUUUCAUUUCCUACAAAUUGAUAUACAUACAUUUAAGUACGAAAACGCAUUUACAUACUCGUAUAUCGUUUACAAAAUAUGCACAUAGAAUAGAUAAGUAUGUUCACACAUGCAUAUGUAAAUUUAUAUGAAAAUAUUUUAAAUGUAAAUAAUUGCAAAUAGUUACAAAAAUGUUAAUACAUACACACAUACAUAUAUAGCACAUAACGUUACAAUACACAUUUAGUGCUAAAAAUUGAUAUGCAAUUCUAUUGCAUACGCUUUACAUAUACAUACACACAUACAUGCAUACAUUUAUAGUGUAAAUAUAUGAGUGUGAGUUUUUACAUACAUACAUAGACGUUAACACAAAUGGAAUAUGUUUCUAUUGUAACCUACUCGUGAAUGUUGUUUUUAGUAUUUUUCUA